UAGUAGUCGAACCGAAUCCGGAAAACCCGUCAUCCAGCACAUCUAACACCGACGCUGAUAAAUCCGCUGAUAUUUCGGAUUCCAAGGAUGACGAUAGUAGAACACACGGAGAAAGAGAAAAAGCCAAAAAAGCGGAUGGAAACUACAAUAUGGACGCACCUUGGUAUUACCAUAUUAAAGAACGUUGUGAUAUACGGAACCGAAAGCGACAGAGUUGUGGGGAUGAAUCCUCGGAUGAUGAAGGUAUAUCAUGCUACGACAGCUCAGAUCUCGGACUUGAUAGUAGCGAUGACGAAGAUGUGAAUGACCUUAAUGAUAUAAAGAGUAGAUAUCAGGAAUGUUUGUCGAAAACUAACGAGCUCUACCUUAGACUUGCUGAAUCCCAAAGCGAGGAACUCAAGAAUUACAUCUCUUCAACGCCGGAAUUUCUGGACAAAGCAAAUGAUAUAUCAAGAUCAAUGAAUUUCGGACUUUCACCAUAUACUGAACCACCGCGAUUACCACCGGGAUUCCGUAAGUCACGUGACUUAGAGCGUGAAGCUGGAGAAAUAACGACUAAGAUGGAAAAUACGGUCAUCAUCAUCAUGAAGAUAAUGAUGACG